UCGGCUCCAAGAUCCAUGUGGCAAGAAGCAAUCAGGAGGAAGCGGUAUCUCCUGGACCGGGGAGGGCAGUCUGGUGAAGGGGAUAGAGGGGGAGGUCAGGAGAAGAGGAACAGGUCCCCGGACUGGCUCUACGAGUCCUACUAUUGUAUGAGCCAGCAGCAUCCCCUGAUUGUGUUCCUGCUGCUCAUAGUGAUGGGAGCCUGCCUGGCUCUGCUGACUGUGUUCUUUGCUUCAGGACUGAGCGUUGAGGACCACGUGGCCUUUGUAAUCACUGUACCCACAGCCCUGGCCAUCUUCCUGGCUGUGUUUGUUCUUGUUUGCAUUGAGUCCAUCUUCAAGAAACUUCUACGGAUUUUCUCCCUGGUCAUCUGGGCCUGCUUGGUUGCCAUGGGUUACCUUUUUAUGUUUUCUGGUGGGAUCAUCUGUCCGUGGGAUCAGGUGUCGUUCUUCCUGUUCAUUGUGUUCGUGGUUUACACUAUGCUGCCGUUCUCCAUGCGGGAGGCCAUCAUCGCCAGUGUCCUGACCUCCGCCUCUCACACCAUUGUGUUGAGCGUCUGCCUGUCUACUACAGCUGAUCACAUGGAACCUGUGGUGUGGCAGAUUUUGGCCAAUAUCAUCAUUUUCUUGUGUGGAAACAUGGCAGGGGCGUACCACAAGCAUCUGAUGGAGUUGGCACUAAAACAGACUUAUCAGGACACCUGCAACUGCAUCAAGUCCCCAAUAAAACUGGAGUUUGAGAAGAGACAACAGGAGCGUCUCCUGUUGUCGCUGCUGCCGGCUCACAUUGCCCGUGUGAUGAAAGCUGAGAUCAUCCAGAGACUGAAGGGACCGAACUUUGGCCAGAUGGAGAACACAAACAAUUUUCACAACCUUUAUGUGCAGAGGCACACAAAUGUCAGUAUACUGUAUGCCGAUAUAGUUGGAUUCACACGGCUGGCCAGUGACUGUUCACCUGGAGAGCUGGUGCACAUGCUGAAUGAGUUGUUUGGCAAAUUCGAUCAAAUUGCAAAGGAGAAUGAAUGUAUGCGGAUCAAAAUCCUUGGCGACUGUUACUACUGUGUGUCCGGGCUGCCAGAGUCUUUACCAAACCAUGCGAAGAACUGUGUGAAAAUGGGUCUGGACAUGUGCGAAGCCAUCAAGAAAGUGAGAGAUGCCACAGGGGUUGACAUCAACAUGCGCGUUGGUGUGCACUCAGGGAAUGUCCUGUGUGGUGUGAUUGGACUUCAGAAGUGGCAGUAUGAUGUUUGGUCACAUGAUGUCACAUUGGCCAAUCACAUGGAGGCAGGAGGUGUACCAGGACGAGUCCACAUCACUUCAGUGACACUGGAGCACUUAAAUAGUUCCUAUAAGGUGGAAGACGGGGAUGGACAGGAAAGGGACCCCUACCUAAAGGAACACGGAGUCAUCACUUAUUUAGUCAUAAACCCAAAGGUGGAGCGCCGGAGCCCAGAGCAACAGUACCGUCCCAGACACACUGUGUACGGAGCAAAGAUGAGGGCCUCAGUCAGGAUGACCCGCUACCUGGAGUCGUGGGGAGCAGCCAAGCCCUUUGCCAACCUGCACCACAGAGACAGCAUGACUAAUGAGAACGGGAAGAUCAACACGGCUGAUGUGCCGAUGGGGCAAUAUCAUUUCCAGAGGAGAUCAGAAAGGACAAAGUCUCAGAAGAAAAGAUUUGAGGAGGAAUUUAACGAGAGGAUGAUAAGGACCUUUGAUGGGAUAAAUUCGCAAAAACAGUGGCUAAAGUCUGAGGACAUCCAAAGAAUAUCGUUAUUCUUUCACAACAAAUCCUUGGAGAAGGAGUACAGAGCAACAACCUUGCCUGCCUUUAAAUACUACGUCACCUGCGCCUGUUUGAUCUUUUUCUGCAUUUUCAUUGUGCAGAUUCUCGUCCUUCCAAAAACACCUGUCUUGGGAAUAUCCUUUGGAAUGGCUUUUCUUAUCCUUUCCUUAAUCAUCUUUAUUUGUUUCAUCGGGCACUUUAUGCACUGCAGUAAAAGUGCCUCUACUUCUUGGACGUGGCUGCUGCGGUCAUCAGUCAUUAUUGCCAACAAGCCAUGGCCCCGCAUCACUCUCACCAUGACAACCACGACUCUAAUACUCAUAAUGGCAGUCUUCAACAUGUUCUUUUUGGAAGACAGUGUGUUGGCUCAAGUUCCUGUUUACAAUUCAUCCAAUGAAACACUGUUUUACCCCAACGGACAAUUUGCCGACAAAAACAAUUUCUACCUUCCUUAUUUAAUUUACAGCUGCAUCCUGGGCCUCAUCUCCUGCUCAGUAUUCCUGAGGAUAAACUAUGAGCUGAAGAUGAUAAUAAUGCUGACGGCUGUAGUUGUUUACAACAUCAUCAUCCUGCAAACACACGCGUCCCUGCUGGAUGAGUAUAGCAGAUUCCUGUACAGGACUGAGAGUCUGGACAGACCAGGCGUUCUCAAAGACCUGAAGAAGAUGGGCUCUAUCUCCCUCUUUAUCUUCUUCAUCACUCUGCUCGUGCUUGCCAGACAGAAUGAAUAUUACUGUAGGUUAGACUUUCUGUGGAAGAACAAGUUCAAGAAAGAGUGCGAGGAGAUUGAAACCAUGGAGAACCUCAACCGGGUUUUGCUAGAAAACGUGCUGCCGGCACACGUGGCUGAACACUUCCUGGCACGCAACUGGAAGAAUGAGGAUCUGUACCACCAGUCCUACGACCUGGUGUGUGUCAUGUUCGCCUCCAUCCCAGACUUUAAAGAGUUCUACACAGAGUCUGACGUCAACAAAGAGGGAUUAGAGUGCCUCCGGCUCCUCAAUGAAAUCAUUGCUGAUUUUGACGAGCUGCUGUCCAAACCUAAAUUCAGCGGUGUGGAAAAGAUCAAGACCAUCGGCAGCACUUACAUGGCUGCUACUGGCCUCAAUGCAUCACCUGGGCCUGAGUACACGUCACAGGAGCACGACAGGCAGUACAUGCACAUUGGGACCAUGGUGGAGUUUGCGUUUGCGUUGGUGGGGAAACUGGACGUGAUCAACAGACACUCCUUCAACGACUUCAGACUCAGAGUUGGUAUCAACCACGGCCCGGUGAUCGCUGGAGUCAUUGGAGCCCAGAAACCUCAGUAUGAUAUUUGGGGGAACGCAGUGAAUGUAGCCAGCAGAAUGGACAGCACGGGGGUCCUGGGGAAAAUACAGGUGACUGAAGAGACGAGUCGAAUCCUCCUGACCCUCGGCUACAUGUGCUCUUGUAGAGGCAUCAUCAACGUCAAGGGCAAAGGGGAGCUCAAGACCUACUUCGUGCACACAGAGAUGACCCGCUCACUGUCGCAGGGGAAUGUAACGGCAUGA